CCAGACCUUACUUUCUACAUUUUGCUGGAAAGAGGCUGCUUUGUGCACCAAGCCUUUAAAUUGUGAGCAACCACUUCCUCGCUGCUUUCGCCUUUUCAGGUCGCAUUGCUCAAGGAUCUCAGUCAACUCCUCUCACCAUGAAGAGUUUUGCUCUUCUUUUGCUAGUACUGAGCUGCGGCAUAGGAGGAUUGGGACAGAAGCUGAAGCCAAAGAAAAGAAGCAGUGGUGAAGAAAUCAAUUUCCGGACUAAAACCAAAGAUGUUUGCACAAUGAGCAUGAGUGGGGAUGAGGAGAUGAAACUUAGAAUUGAAUGCAGAAGCCAAGGCAUGUCCUACUGGUGUGAAUUCGCUGGCAAGCCGUCAGUCUGUCGGGCUUUCAGAAACAAUCCAAAGAUUUACUGGAAUCAGAUCGCCGCGGAACUCAGAAAGCUCCCGCACGCUUGCGAAUCCACACAAGUGCUGAAGACCACCAUGUGCCAAAAGGCUCCCGCGGAGGCUCUCAUGAAGCAAAUAGCUGCUGGUGUGGAGCCAGAAGAUCUGGCAAACCAGGACAAAUCAGUCCAGAAAACUUCCACUUCUAUGAGGGGAGCAGGGAGAAGCUCCGUUAAUAAAAUAGGGAAACCUCCAAUACUACCUCUUAUAAAACCAGCCCAACAUGGUCAAGGGUCUGAAAAUGAAAUGGAAGCAAUGAAACUGGCACAGGAACAUUGCUGGGAGCCCCUGCAUGGUGUCUGCUCCUACAUUAUUGGCAUCUUUAGAGGUUAAGGAUUUGCUUCAGAGCAGAAUUUUUACAGCUGAAGAAGGGUCCUUGCAGUAGUUUUAUAAUUUAGAUGUAAGAAUUUUGGUUUAAAAAUGCAUCAUCUCUGUAGAUUUUGUAUCUGUUUUCUCUCUGCAGCCCCAGACUGAAACCUUUUAACAGCCCUGAAACAUGCAUGAGACUGGAGUGACUGUACGUAGUGUUAGGAUGAUGUAGCUGUUCCUAGGUCUGUUACACGUCAGGGUGUGCUGCAUUUGUGUUACCAACGUUCCACUUUAAGAGUUCUGGCCUUGAAUAGGUUUUUGUGUGUUCUGAUUUCCUUCAGUUUGUUAGAGAUGAAAGCUGUAAAUGCUGCUACAGUUGGUACAAAAAUAAAAUUUUUGAAAACAUA